CUCCUUCUGAGCACACUUCCUCUUUAAAGUCACUGUGAGGAAGAGAGUUGGUUGCUCGUUCUGUCUCUGUCUGAGCUUGGACUGUGGGUUGUUAAAGCUGUUGGGGUCGGCCGCUCUGUGUUUCUCCUUAGCGCUUCUGGCUGUGGAUAUGAUAUGCAGCAGAAAAGGAAGCUGAGAUUUCAUCUCACAAAUGAUACAUGACCGAACGAUUCAUCACACAAGGGUAGCUGUUUACUGGAGUGCGUGCAAAUGGAAGGAGGCCUGCUGAUUUCACCAGUGAUGGCCCACGCUCUGGUCUCGAUGGAGAACCUCGUCUACAUCAUCACCGUGCCUCUGUCGACCUCCAUCAUCCUGGCCAACCUGGUCAUCAUCCUGGGCAUCUCAUGCAACCGGCAGCUCCACAACACGCCCAACUACUUCUUCCUCAGCCUGCUGGUGGCCGAUAUGUGCACAGGCGUGGCGCUGCCCUUCAUCCCGUUGAUGGGUCUGAACCGGGAGCUGAGCUUCAGUUCCUGCCUGGUGGCUCACAUCUUCCCGAAUUUCCUCUUCUUGGCAUUUUUGUCCAACCUGGUGAUGGUCCACUAUGAGCGCUACAUUUGUAUCGUCGAUCCUCUGCACUACAACACCCUGUGGAUGCAUCGGCAUUUCUCCUUGGCGCUGCUUAUAGUGUGGGCACCGCCGCUUUUGUUUGCGUCUCUGCCCGCUUUCGGGUGGAGCAACUGGUCCGGGCCGGAUUGGAACGACUGCUGUGAAAGUGCCGUAAAGUUCCCGCCUCUUUCUAACUGUACGGCCAAUCUGACGUUGUGCUGCUCUUACAGGAGGGUGUUCCCCAACGCCUUCAUCUACUUAGAGGUGUACGGCCUUGUUUUACCAGCCAUUCUUCUCAUCGCUGGCAUGAUCGGACGUGUACUGUGGAUCACAAGAGGCCAGAUGAAGGACAUCUGCCGCCUCCAUAGAGCGGUGGAGCGAGGAAACCAGGCGUCGGACCAGGAACAGAGGCUGAACUUGCGAUAUACCCGCUGCUUAGUGGCGGUGUCCCUGACCUUUCUGGCCUGCUGGGUUCCCUACCUUAUUUACAUGCACGUCUGUAUAGCGUUCCUCAUCAUUGACACCAAGCAGAACUCCAUCACUCACAUCGUGUUGUCCUGCAUCGGCAUCGGAAGUAUGGCCGUGGUGCCGAUGGUCCUCGGUUUGGCCAACAAGCAGUACACGGAACCAGCGUUCAAGCUUCUCCAGAAACUCAGAGACAGGUGGAGGGCACGGGGUUCAGACGAGACUGCAAUCUGAAAUAAUGCUCCUUGGCGCAUUAAUAUUUAUCGAGUUUUCUCUGCAAGAAUUGGUAUCGGAAAGAGUUUGCGGCAGCUUAUUUUACAGUGAGUUGAAUUAUGGUACCGUUAAGAUAAUAUGUCAUAGCAAAGGCAUCAUAAAGUCUUUAUAAAUGUCAAAUAGCGAAGUUAUCUCCAGUAGUUCCCUUACCUAUAGUAGGAAAAUGUCACAUGGUCAUAUGUUAUAAAAAUAGUCAUUGUCAGAGCAGAGGCUAACCACAGCCAUUUUUGUUCUCGCUCAAACUAAAUUAAACUUAACUUGAACUACAAAACUAGUAUAAAGGUUCAAAGAAAAAGCUUUUCAAGUUGCGCACACAUGUCCUAUAGAAAUGUGUUUAUUUGGUAAAAUGAACCAAAAUUUUACACCAAGAAAAACAUAACAGCUUUAAGAAAACAUAUACUGGUUACUGAACAGAAAGUUGUAUGUUUUUGGAAAAUGGAGAAAAAAAAACAAUAUUUUAUUUGUAACAUAAUAAAGAACCUGCAUGAAAACACUGAAAUUACAUUUUAAUGCUGGCUUUAUAUUUAUUAGCAUUGUCCACAGCCACAUGUGGAUAAAUUGCUAAAAAAAAUCUGAUAAAACGGACGGAGUGGUGAAAGUCUAGUCUUCCACCACUCCUUCUGGAUGAAUGCCGCCCUGGGUAAGUGCGUCAUUCUGCCACCCAGAGCACAACCAAAUAUGUGCUCACACACCCAACAAAGCCCAGUAAAAAUGAUAUCACUAGAAAAUAUUCAUCUGUUAUUUACUGAUCUAGAAAGAUGGAUAUGUGAAUAGUUUUCAACUAUAUUUUUUUCCAC